AACAUCAUUGUUGCGCUGGCUAUCGCUGGGUGAAGAUGACAGUCUCUACCAACCUCGGUAUAGUGGCAGGCAUCCUUGUGGUUCUGGCAGUCGCCGUCGAGCCUCAGGGCUUUGUCGAUAUCUUAGCCCACCAGCAAAGUGAACUACUCAGUCAUGUAAAAGGAAACGAAGUGAUACUGAACUCCAUUAAGGACGGAUGUCUAAUGAAUGAGCAACUGGCACUUCUUAACAGCAGACUUGAAGCAGGAUGUGGGUGCUUGGGGCGAGGAUCUGCAAAUCAGAUCCCUUUUGGCAACCUCCCAGCGAACUUCGGUAUGCCAAGUCCAGAAAUGCUUCAUGACAUGGCUCCUGGUAAAAACACAUUUGGCAGCAGUGUUUUAAGAGGAGAAGUUCCGGAGAAGGCGAUCGAUGGCAAUGACAACUCGCAUUUCCAUUCCACACACGAAAAGCGUCCCUGGUGGGUGAUCGAUUUGGGAUCAGAACGAGUCAUUUACCAUAUCAUGAUUCGGAGUCGCCAAGAUUGCUGUUCAGAUAGGUUACAUGACCUCGAGAUUCGCCUGGGAAACGACUUGGAGAUGAAUGGCGACUUCUCCUCUUAUGAUCUUCUGUAUUUCUUCAGAGGACCCUACAGGAAGGAAGACGGAUUCCUCAUGUAUACCUUUGCCCAGGGUGUAAAGGGAAGAUACCUGAGUCUACAGAUUGUUGCAGAGGAAGCAGAAUUUUUACAGCUUAGCACCGUCAAAGUUAUCGGUUUAAGGAACUAAGUAAAUAUCGUACUGGCCAAAAUGCUUUUAUAGGUAUUGUUAAAUUUUUAAAGCCUUUGCAGCCGAUUACAAAAAUGAUAGGGUUAUCAUGAGAUAAAAAAUAGCACCACAGAAUUAAAUAAUUGGGACUUUAUGCUCAUAGCGGAUCCAGCAACAAGUCUGUUUGCAGAUCAGUUGUAAAAUCUAAAUAUUAUGAUUCUAAUUUUGACUUAAGAAAAAACCUUUGGGCCCUUUGAUACCAUUAAGUAGCUCAGGCCUGUAUGAUGAAGGGGAAUUCACUAUCAAGGAAAUAUUACAAAGGCGUAUGGUACAUACUUAUAAAACAUCUGCAUUAGUGUGGUUUAUUUUUGCAGACAUCAGGAAAUUCAUUUUUGCAUAUAAAAUAAAAGAAAGAAUGAAUA